AUGAGUGAGGAGGAGACACAACAAAAGAGACAGAAGGAGACAGAAAGAGACAGAAGGAGACAGAAGAAAGGAGACAGAAAGGAGACAGAAAGGAGACAGAAAGGAGACAAAAAAAGGAGACAGAAAGGAGACAAAAAAAGGAGACAGUUGGUGACCAUGAGUGAGGAGGAGACACAACAAAGGAGACAGAAAAAGGAGACAGAAGAAGACAGAAAGGAGACAGAAAGGAGACAAAAGGAGACAAAAGGAGACAAAAAGGAGACAGAAGGAGACAAAAAAGGGAGACAGUUGGUGACCAUGAGUGAGGAGGAGACACGGGCGGUGCAUCGACCGGAAGAAAGAAGAGAGCCGCAGCAAAACAACAACGUUGAAGAGCAGCAACAAGCUCCCGUAGAGACAGAGACUGCUCCAUGCCGGCAGCAGAAAGAGGAGAAUCAAAGAAGACAGAGUCCAGCUGACACAGCAGCAGCAACUCACACAGCAGCAGCAGCAGCAGAUGCAGCACAAAACGAGCAGCAAUACGGUCAAGAAGAUGCAGCAGCAGCAGCAGCAGCAGCAGCAACAACAGCAGCACCAACAGCAACAAGUGCAGCAGCAGCAGAGCAACAAGAAGAGCACCAGCCGCAUCCACAGCAGCAGCAGCAGCAGCAGCAGCAGCAGCAACAGCAGCAGCAGCAGCAGAGACUCGCCCGUGUCUGA